AAAGAGUAUGGACAGUCGCCUCCUCUCAAGAAUGGUGCGAGGUGCCAUGGCCACCUGUUCAAUGUGGAACACUUGCCACUUGAGGAAUUAGAUGCUAUGGUUAUUCUUAGGCUGCAAAACCAGAUGGCAAAGGUUAUUCUGACAGAGAUGAAAUACUGCUCGGGGAUGGAGGCUAUGGCAAUGUUCCUUGUUUCUGCACUUGCAGUUACAGUUUGUGAAGACUUCAUUCUCUAGUAAUAAAGACUGAUAUAUGUGAAUUCUUAAUACCUUGAGCCAACAAACAUCUAUCAGGAAUGAAAGAUUUCUUAUAUAAAGGUGGACUGAAAACUAAUUACCAUAAUGUCAUUGUCUAUCAUUUAGGGAGUGAGAAGAGGGGAAAUAGAUGCUCCCAUGCAGACUUCAAGAUUCCUUUUUCUUAUCUGUUCUUAAAACAAUGCAACAUAUCCUUUCCUAUCUUCUCCCAAACCAGAGUCUAAAUAACUUCAUGGUGUCCUUUUAUAUGGGACAAAGAGAAGUAUGUCCUUUUUCAGGUCACUAUUCUAUAAUAUCACACAUAUACAUUCAGUGGCCUGAGGGCUUGGCCAUGAGUUAGAUGUAACAGAGACCUGCUGGCUGGCAGGAAAAAGUCUUGCUGCAGAAUGAAAUCCAGCACUGAGGUCAAGUCCACACACAGUAAUUGUUAUUUUGAAACACUAAUACUGGUCCCUUGGCCUAAAACACCAUUACGAGCAGUGCGCACACUUCAAACAAUGCAUGGAGUGGCUUCGUCUGAUCCCGUCGCUCCAGUAGAGCAAAUUGGGGCUGGUGCUUUUCAGCAAAUGCAAAGACUUAGACAGCAGGGAAGGGAAGAAGCCAUGAACAGAAGCCCACUCUGAGGGCUGCUAGCCACACAAACCAGCCUGCUCUACCGUGAGCAAAUAAAUCUUCUUGGCACAUUGGCUAAUUUCACUAAUUAGAAGGUCUACUCUGUGCAAUCAAUGUAAUUAUAACGGUAAAUGCCAUUCUUAAGCGGGGGCGAGGGAUUGCCUACUUACUAAGAAAAACGUAGUUUUCAAAUGAAGGCAGAAGCUAGGGAUUCUGAAGACAGUUGAGUGGGGUCUCUCGACAUCAGAGGCACAAGAGGUGGUCAGCAGGGAGAAGGGUCUAGAAAGAGGGAGAAGCAGUAAAGAAGGUGGAAGUCUAAUAAGCAGAGCCAGCUGCUUUGGGGAUUCCUCGGGUGUCCAGUUUGUGUCGAAAUGACACUUGAAAAGGCUGAAUUCACAACCCUUCCUACUCUCCUUUUACUGUGGAUCGAAUCCUUCCCUUAUUUCUGGAACUAGUAGGUGGGCGCUCCCUCGUCAUUCCACUCCAUGCUUUCCUUACAGCCGGGAGAGUUCAGGGGUGUUUGAAGAGUAGCCCAAGAACAAACUCAAUUGGCAAGGAAACUCAUUCCCAUCUCCCAAACCAUGUGUGCGACAACUUACAGAUUCAAUCCAUCUGCAAAUGGAAGAUGUUUGGCAUGUUUUCAGCAAAGCAGUUCAGGUCACACUCACAGGCCACUGAUGAAACAGAGCACCGUGCACUGAAACCCUCACACACUGACCUCACAUGUGAGGCCAAGUUCCCAUUCUGAACCUGGAGAUCUUGACAGGGAAGUCCUCAGGCAAGAGCCCCGGUAGGAGCUAGCUCACGUUUUCUGUUGCUUUCUCCAUGACAGCUAGCACAGUGCUGGUCAUUGGAUGGGUAAUGAGCUCCGACUGCGAUGUUUGGGGGAAACAUGUAACAAGCGGGAAAUGCCCUGAAGCCUGACACUGAAAUUCUAAGCAGGACGUGCAGUCCUUUUAGCUACCUCACUUGGCGCUCCGCCAAAACUCAGGAAAUGAGGAGAUGAUAGCAGCAAAAUGGGCAGUGUGUUGAUAGAAAACCAAUCUGAUACCUUCCUGGCGUGGGAGCCUGCUUCGGAAAUGUUGUGACCAGAAGCCAAUCAGGAUACAAAGCCCGGGGCUCAGCUGCUGUGCAGGCAGGAGACCAUUUAGCUCAAAUUCAGGGAAACUGGCACUGAGCACCUGCACACAGGGCUUCCCUCCCCAGAGUGGCACAGCCACCUGAGACUCUAAGCAGGUGCUAGGCAUGCUAUCUCCCACACAAUCUUAUGGAGGCAACCCUUUUAUAUUCAGACUCGUGCUGACUCUCUGCCUUCUCAUCUCCAAGACAUCGUCCUUCCCUUCCUUCCGAAAUAUUUUUAAUAGCAAGUAAGGCAACAUUUGACUGGGAGGUUGGACCUCCUUGGGAUAACCAAGAUAUUUCCCAAAGCCCAAAUUGUUUAUUUUUGUUUGUUUUCUCUCAACUGAUACCCAAGUCGUACAGGUUUCUAUGUGUCUGUCUCUGAGUUCUUCUUUUGGCAAGUUCUCAUAUUGACAGCACAGUCUAUGGAAUUAGGACUAUGUGAUGGGUUAGGGUUACAGUUAGGGCUUGGUUAUACAUUGAAUUGCAGUAGGUAUACCAGAUAGCUCAUUCCUCUGUCUUAGUUCUACAAUCAUAUCCAUGUCAGCAUGUGGCAUGACGGAGUGACAGUGUUGGUGACCCUUCUGAUUACAGGUGUGCCAGGGGCGACGGCUGCACUGGGGACCUCUCCUGCAGAUACAGCCCAUCCUACAGUCACCCACUCCCUUGCACUCAACAGCUCUGCUGCCUCACCUGCACACACCUCCAACAUCAGCACCACAGAUUUCUCCUCAGGUGCCACCCUUACAGCCACUGAAUCAUCCAUUCAGAACCUUUCAAGCACUGUCACUGCAAGCAGCACAAUAGCUACUACGAGACCCAAACCUUGUGAUGAAAAAUUUGUGGACAUUACUGUUCAUUACGAAUAUAACAGUAGUAAUAAGACUUUUGAGGCAAAGCCAGAAUAUGGCAAUCCCCCCAAAGACCUAUGUGGAACUGUGGAUUGUAAAGAGCUUAAAUAUCUACAAGAAUGCUCAAAGAAAAAUUUCAGUGUAUCUGAUAGCUCAUGUACUCCAGCUAAAAUUAUAGAACUAGAUGUACCACCAGGAACUGAGAAAUUUACCCUGCAUGACUGCACAGAACAAAUAUAUGCUAAUACUACAAUUUGCUUGGAGUGGAAAACAAAGCCCUCUGCCUGUAACAACACAAAAAUUACAUACAAAUUUCAGUGUAAUGAUACUGCAGAUUCACAAGGAAAUUCUCCAAUAAUUUUGUUACCCGGACUUAAACCCCAAACAUAUUACACAUGUGCUGCAGAAGUCCUAUAUAACAGUGUGACACUUCUCCAGGAAAACAAAACUGUGGAGACCGAUUUGGGGAUUCCAGAGAAACCCAGUAUAGUUUCGUGUGCGAAUGUAUCUGAGAACAAAACAUUAGUUACCUGGAAUCGCCCCUCAAUUUUACCCCAUGGAUUUUAUUUGUGUUCCAAUAAGACCAGUUCAGAAAAAUGUGAAAAACUGGAAGGGACUGAGAGCCAUGCUGAAGUGAUCCAGCUGAAACCUUAUACAUACUAUAGAGUGUCGCUCCACGCCUAUGUCAACGGCAGGGUGCAACGCAAUGGGAGUGCUGAGCAAUGCUUCUUCCAGACAAAAGCAGCUCGGCCAAGCAAGGUCAAUAAAGUGAAAGCCAUCCGGAUGUCAGAUAAUGCUAUACGCGUCACAUGUGAACCUCCCCAUGAAAUUAAUGGCCCCAGGAAAUUUUACAUUUUGGAAGUCAAAAGUAAAGGUUCUUUAGCUAAGACUUUCAACGAAACCACAUGCAGAUUUGACGUAAAGGAUCUCUACUAUUCAACUGACUAUACAUUUCGGGUCUCCUUUUUCAAUGGAGAGUAUCAGGGAGAAGCAAUUGUUGACACUGAAUCAACAUCUUAUAAUUCUAAAGCACUGAUUACAUUCCUGAUAUUUCUGAUUGUUGUGACAGCAAUAGCCCUGCUUGUUGUUCUGUAUAAAAUCUAUGAUCUGCGUAGGAAAAGAUCCAGCAAUUUAGAUGAACAACAAGAACUUGUUACAAGGGAUGAGGAAAAGCAACUGAUGGAUGUGGAGCCAAUUCAUGCUGAUGUUUUGUUGGAAACGUAUAAAAGAAAGAUUGCUGAUGAGGGAAGACUGUUUCUGGCUGAAUUUCAGAGCAUUCCACGGGUAUUCAGCAAGUUUUCUAUCAAAGAUGCCCGGAAACCCCACAACCAGAAUAAGAACCGUUAUGUUGACAUCCUUCCCUAUGAUUACAACCGUGUUGAACUCUCUGAAAUAAAUGGAGAUGCAGGGUCCACCUACAUAAAUGCCAGCUACAUUGACGGCUUCAAAGAACCAAGAAAAUACAUUGCUGCACAAGGACCCCGGGAUGAAACGGUGGAUGACUUCUGGAGGAUGAUCUGGGAACAAAAAGCCACAGUUAUUGUCAUGGUCACACGAUGUGAAGAAGGAAACAGGAACAAGUGUGCAGAGUACUGGCCAUGCAUGGAGGAAGGCACCCGGGCUUUCAGAGAUGUCGUGGUGAAGAUCAUCGAGCACAAAAUAUGUCCUGAUUACAUCAUUCAGAAGCUGAACAUCACACAUAAAAAAGAAAAAGCCACUGGAAGAGACGUGACACACAUUCAGUUUACCAGCUGGCCAGAUCACGGGGUUCCUGAAGACCCCCACCUGCUCCUCAAACUUCGACGGAGGGUUAAUGCUUUCAGCAAUUUCUUCAGCGGCCCCAUCGUGGUGCACUGCAGUGCUGGUGUUGGGCGCACAGGAACCUACAUUGGAAUUGAUGCCAUGCUAGAAGGCUUGGAAGCAGAGGGCAAAGUGGAUGUUUACGGCUAUGUCGUCAAGCUAAGGCGACAGAGAUGCCUCAUGGUACAAGUGGAGGCACAGUACAUCUUGAUCCAUCAGGCCUUGGUGGAAUACAAUCAGUUUGGAGAAACAGAAGUGAACUUGUCUGAGUUACAUUCCUGUCUACAGAACAUGAAGAAGAAAGAUCCACCCAGUGACCCCUCUCCUCUGGAGGCUGAAUUCCAGAGACUUCCUUCAUACAGAAGCUGGAGGACACAGCACAUUGGAAAUCAAGACGAAAAUAAAAAGAAAAACAGGAAUUCUAAUGUUGUUCCAUAUGACUUUAACAGAGUACCAUUGAAGCACGAGCUGGAGAUGAGCAAAGAGAGCGAGCCUGAGUCUGAGGAGUCUUCUGAUGAUGACAGUGACUCAGAGGAAACCAGCAAGUACAUCAAUGCAUCCUUUGUAAUGAGUUACUGGAAACCAGAGCUGAUGAUCGCCACUCAGGGGCCACUGAAAGAGACUGUUGGUGACUUCUGGCAGAUGGUAUUCCAAAGGAAGGUCAAGGUCAUUGUGAUGUUGACAGAGUUAACAAAUGGAGGCCAGGAAGUCUGUGCUCAGUACUGGGGAGAAGGAAAGCAGACAUAUGGAGACAUGGAAGUGGUGAUCAAAGACACCAGCAAAUCCUCAGGCUACACUCUCCGCAUGUUCGAACUGAGACAUUCUAAGAGGAAGGAGCCCAGAACGGUGUACCAGUACCAGUGCACCACAUGGAGUGGGGAAGAGCUUCCUUCAGAACCUAAAGAACUGGUGUCUAUGAUUCAGAACCUCAAGCAGAAGCUUCCCAAGAGUUGCCCUGAAGGGAUGAAGUAUCACAAGCACGCACCAAUCCUAGUCCACUGCAGAGAUGGAUCCCAGCAGACGGGGUUGUUUUGUGCUUUGUUCAAUCUCUUGGAAAGUGCAGAAACAGAAGAAGUGGUUGAUGUUUUCCAAGUGGUAAAAUCUCUUCGCAAAGCGCGGCCAGGGAUGGUGGGCACCUAUGACCAAUACCGGUUUCUCUAUGAUGUCAUCGCCAGCACCUAUCCUGCCCAGAAUGGACAAGUGAAGAAAACCAGCAGCCAAGACAAAAUUGAAUUUCAUAAUGAAGUGGGUGAAGUCAAGCAGGAUGCUAACUGUGUCCAUCCUGGUGGUGCUCUGAAUAAAACCCAGGAAGACAGCAGAGCUGUGGGAGCUUCUGAGCCCGCCAACAGUACUGAGGAGCCGGAACAUUCUGCCAACGGUCCUGCGAGCCCAACUCUAACUUCGUAGGAAAGGGCUCAAAUUGGACAACUCAAUCUCAAAUUAGUUGUUUCCAUUUUUCUAGAAUGAGUGAAAGAAAGUAGCUGAGCAGUGGUUCGUGGAAUCUGUGUCCAACCUUGCCACUGUAGAAAAAUAUUUAAGCUUUGUCAAAAUGUUUUGUACAGUUUUUAUGCUUAUUUUAAAGAUGUAUCUAUCAUUUAGCAAGAAUGUGUGUAUGUGUGAGUGUGUGUGUGAAUAUGAGUGAGUGUAUCUGUGUGUUUGUGAGUGAGUGUGUAUGGUGUGGGUAUGUGUGAGAGGGUAUGUGUGUGUGCAUGUGUAAGUGUAAGUGACUGUGUGACAGCUACAUGACAUUAGAGAGAGUGUGUGCUUUCAAGCCAUUCUAAACGCUCGUGAGAAACAUUGCCAUUUUCCCUUAAAGAAACUAUACAUUUAUAUCUAGACUAUUAAUUUGCUUGAAGGAUCCAUUUUUUUAAGACACCAAGAGAGUGGGUUGUUGGUACUAUAAGAAUACCAAUGUGUGCAUUUCUGAAAUGACCUCAAGAUGUCCUCCUUGUUCUGUUGAUGCUGUUGUAGUUUAGAAUGCUAUUUCCGGAGAUAUGGAAGAGUCCAUAAGAGUGCUGUGGGUGUGUAUAGCUGCUGCAGGAAAGUUAACUAAAUUAACAUUUGAGAAUUCAUGCUCCACAUACUGUCAUUUCACCACUAUCUGUUAAAGAAUAUUCAAUCAAACAUAAAAAUCUCAAGAAAGCCUAAUAUUGUAUACAUGUAGGAAAUAGAACUUUGCAAAUGGGCUGUUGCCUGCAAAACAAAUGAAAAUUAUUACUUGAUGCUCUUGAUCAUAUGUAUACAGGUUAUGACUGAACCUAAAUAGUUGUCUUGAAACAAAUACAGUGUAUGUUUUAAAACACAUAAAAUAAAAACAGGAGCAUGAAAACUUGUUUGCACUGGUCAUUUACUUAUCAGACCUCAUACAGGUAUCUCAUGGAAUUCAGUAUUCCUGAGAAACAAGAUAGAAUGUGCCUAUUUCCCAUGUUUAAGGCCAUCUUUGACUUUCAUUAAAGCGCACCUAUUUUGAAUUUUGUAAAUGUUUAGUUUACUCUUACCAAGAAAUAAUAUUGAUAACCAUAGUAAAAUUUCAACUAUUACCUUCCUUGUUUAUAUGAAGUUUGUUGCAUGUUCAUCUGUGAAAUAUGUAUGUGCCUAUUAAAAUUUGUUUAAUGCAAUCAAAACACAACUUUCAAAAUACUUUCUCUGGUCCCAAUUCU